GGCGGGGCAGCGCCCGGAGCCAGCCCGAGCCCGGCGGGGCAGCGCCCGGAGCCAGCCCGAGCCCGGCGGGGCAGCCGCUCCGUCCCGGACAGACGUCGCGGUGCGUGCGGACACGGACACACGCGUUCAGAACACACACGUUAAACCUGCCCCAAUUAAGAUAAACAUCUCUGAUUUGGCUGCAGAAGAGAAGACCUGGAGGAGAAAGUGCUGCCAGGACAUGUCACAUGCCAGGAACUCUGGGAUAUGCUAUCCCAUGUCUCGUGCCUGCUGUGGACUGGGGCAGGAGCACUGAGGAUUCAGCUGCAUAGCUGUGUCAGGGCUGUACAGCUCCGCUGACAGCAGGCUCGUUCUGCUGGAGGACUUCAGAGAAAGGUGUGAAGAAACCUUGCCCUGUCUGCAAGGCCUCUGGUGUUGCAAGUGCUUUUUUUGCACAGAGGCAGCCAAGUGCUGCAUCUCCACUUCGAGGGACUGGGAUGUGAACUUGCUCCAGUUCAGCUUCUGCUUUGGUGCAGCUUCCAUUUGGAAAUCUCCAGAAUCUGCCCUGUGACUCUGAGACCUCAGCUGGAUGCUUUUAUACUUCUUCUCAUCUUACCUCAAUACCUCAAGACAUCUCUUUCAAAAUCAUUUGUCGUUUGAGCUCUGCUGUGUGACAGAUGCAGGGGCUUUGAUCCAGGAUGAACGAAUGCUACUAUGACAAGCGCAUGGACUUUUUCUACAACAGGACAAAGACAGACACGGCGGAUGAGUGGACAGGACCGCAGCUCAUCGGUGUUCUAUGCUUUGGCACCUUUUUCUGCCUCUUCAUUUUUAUUUCAAAUUCAUUGGUCAUAGCAGCUGUGGUGAAGAACAAGAGGUUUCAUUUUCCCUUUUACUAUCUUCUGGCCAACUUAGCAGCCGCAGACUUUUUUGCUGGAAUCGCCUACGUGUUCCUGAUGUUCAACACGGGCCCGGUGUCCAAGACGCUGACGGUGAACCGCUGGUUUCUGCGCCAGGGGCUGCUGGACACCAGCCUGACAGCGUCCCUGGUGAACCUGCUGGUCAUCGCCGUGGAGCGCCACAUGUCCAUCAUGCGCAUGAAGAUCCACAGCAACCUCACCAAGAAGAGAGUCACCUUCUUGAUUAUAUCCAUUUGGGCCAUUGCUAUUUUCAUGGGUGCUGUCCCGACCCUGGGCUGGAACUGCCUCUGUGACAUUACUGUCUGCUCCUCCCUGGCACCCAUUUACAGCAGAAGCUACCUGGUGUUCUGGAGUGUCUUAAACCUGGUCGUCUUCUUCAUCAUGGUGGUGGUUUACAUAAGAAUCUACAUGUACGUCCAGAGGAAAACCAACGUCCUGUCCUCACACACCAGCGGGUCCAUCAGCCGGAGGAGAACCCCAGUGAAGCUCAUGAAGACUGUCAUGACUGUCCUAGGUGCCUUUGUUGUCUGCUGGACCCCUGGCCUGGUUGUCUUAUUGCUGGAUGGACUGAACUGUACUGAUUGUGGGAUUCAGCAUGUUAAAAGGUGGUUUCUUCUCCUGGCCCUGCUGAACUCUGUCAUGAAUCCAAUAAUUUAUUCAUACAAAGAUGAUGAGAUGUGGGCUACCAUGAAAAGGAUGAUUUGCUGCUCCUCUGAGGAUAAGAGCCAGGAGAGACGCUCGUCUCGCAUCCCCUCGACAGUUCUCUGCAGGAGCACGGAUAUCUCAGGCCACUACAUUGAGGAUGGCAUCAUUCAAGGGACAAUUUGUGGAAAAGGAGAUCUUGGUGACAAAGGAAACUCCUGAGCUAUGCAAGGGACUGGCUUGGCUGGAAAAGGAGAGGGGGAAGGGAGAGGUUUUGUAAGAGGAGAUCGACUGGCAAAGCUAGUAAACAAUAUAUCCACUUUGUUCCAGAGCCUCAACUCCAGUGUUAACAAAAGUUCUUAUAAAUAAUUGCCUGAUGGAAAAACACUUUGUAAUGAAGAAAACUUUCUGUACUGCCAUCCUUUUUGUCUUUCAAGUACAUGAAAUUGUUUUUUCAUGUGAAUGGAAUAAAUACCUCUCAGAGACUU